AAUGAUUGGACAAUAUAGUAUUGUAGUAUUUUGAAUGAUUUAGUUUUAUUUUCAAUAUCUUAAUAAAUCCCAAUAUCAAAAUAAUUCUCCACGUGAUUCUACUUUGCUCUUAAUUUCGAAUGUACAAAAACGUGUAGGUUAGAAAUCAUGUUUACAUCUUGGUUAAUAAAACGCCCAUGGUGUAACAAGUUUCAAAAAAGAUACGUGUCAAAAGGCACAACAAUCGUAAAGAAUGAACACAAGAAUGGAGAACAGGAAAUCACGAAAAUUCGAAACAUCGGAAUUUUGGCACACAUCGAUGCUGGCAAAACCACUACCACAGAAAGAAUGUUAUACUAUUCUGGUCUCAUUAAACAUAUGGGAGAGGUUCACCAUGGGAAUACGGUAACAGAUUAUAUGGAUCAAGAACGUCAGCGCGGUAUAACCAUUACUUCUGCAGCGGUGACAUUUCAAUGGAAAAACUACCGUAUUAAUUUAAUCGACACUCCAGGACACAUUGACUUCACUAUGGAAGUGGAGCAAACCUUAAAAGUAUUAGAUGGAGCAGUAGUCAUAUUAGAUGGAAGUGCAGGUGUUGAAGCUCAGACAUUAACAGUCUGCAGACAAGCUGACAGAUAUGAUAUUCCUAGAAUUAUUUAUGUAAAUAAGAUGGACAGGGCAGAUGCUAAUUUUGACAGUAGUUUAAAAUCUAUUGAAUCCAAGUUAGACACAGAAGUAUUACCUACGCAAUUUCCAAUUAAAGAUAAAGGAAAUUUAGAAGGAAUUGUGGAUGUUAUUACUUUAGAAAAAUUGAUCUUUUCAAAGAAAGAUAUGGGUAUGAAAUAUUCCAGAGUAAAAUUAUCUGAGAGUGAAGAUACAACUUUAUGGGAGAUGGCAAAUGAAAAACGUAGAAGCUUAACGGAUAAAUUAUCCAACAUGGAUGAUGAAUUAGCUAACAUAAUAAUAGAACAGGAAUCUUUGGAUGCAGUAACUCCACAAAUGUUAAUUGAUUCCUUGCACAGAUCAACUAUUAGUAGAAAAGGUGUUCCUGUGCUCUUGGGUAGUUCCUAUAAAAAUAUUGGAGUUCAACCUUUAAUGGACGGCGUUCUCUUGUAUUUACCAUCACCCAAUAAAACUAAAUCUUCUGCGUAUUACCGUUGUUUUGAUGACAAUCUUUGCGCCAGGGCAUUUAAAGUCGUUCACGAUAAGCAAAAAGGACCAAUUACAUUUUUUCGAAUUUAUAGCGGCAACGUAGAAAAAGGCAUGAAGCUAUAUAACGUCCGGAAAGAAGAGAAGGAACUCGUAGGAAAAUUGUAUAUCGCGUACGCUGAUGAGUACCAAGAAAUACCGAAGAUCACACGUGGCAAUAUUGCAGCGAUAACGGGAUUAAAAAGUACAACAGCUGGAGAUUUAGUAACGACCGGUCGAACAACGACAGAACAAGCAGAAAAGAAACUAAGGGCAGAGAAAGGUGUUACAUUGGAAGAUGUAGAGAAAGUAUUUGACAGCAAUAUUAGGACGUUAGAGCCAGUCUUUUUUUGUUCAAUUGAGGCGCCAUCGUUAUCUACGCAAACACUUUUAGAGAAGGCUCUUCAGGAACUCGAAAGAGAAGACCCAAGUUUAAGAGUAACUCAAAAUGAAGAAACUGGUCAGAUCGUGCUUGGAGGAAUGGGCGAACUGCAUUUAGAGAUUAUCAAAGAAAGAAUUAGAACCGAAUAUAAGGUCGAUGCUGAUUUAGGUCCUUUGCAAAUCUCCUACAGAGAAACUAUAAAGGAACCUAUUUUAGAUACCUUUUCGACUGAAUAUAAGAUAGGAAGCGCUAAUCCAAAAAUUACAAUAAUCAUGUCGUUGAUACCGAACUAUCAAGGAAAGGAGACUUUAUUAUUAGAUAAAUCACAGAAUUAUGGUGAUAGCUUAACUGCUAUACCGACACAUAUAAUGAAGGCAGUGAGGAAUGGUGUUAAAUCAGUUCUUUUACACGGACCGAAAUUAAGUUAUCCGGUUGUAAAUAUGGGCGUUACAUUGCAUAGUUUAGAAUAUGCAUCUGGUACCACGCCAUCAUUAAUCAAUGCUGCUGUUUCACAGUGUAUUCGACAGUUGAUGAAGAAUGUUGGAAUUACACUUCUAGAACCUGUAAUGCGAGUCGAAAUUGUGGUGCCUGAGGAAUAUUUAAGUGUCAUCAUGAAAGACCUGUCGAAAAGACGCGCAGAAAUAAAAUAUAUCGAUGCCUAUAGACAAAACAAGGUGGUCCACUGCCUUAUUCCAUUGGUCGAGUUACUAGGAUACUCAAAAGCAGUAAGAAUAAUCUCAUCAGGCCAUGCAACGUUCUCGUUAGAAUUUGACCAUUACGAAGUAAUGGAUUCGAUGAACGAAGCAGAAGCGAUCAAAAGAGUUACUGGAUUCUAUUAGAAAAUUUCGAAAAUUCUAUUAGAAGAACGUGAAAUGAAAAAGAUUGGAAAAGAGACACAAAGGUGUGGCCCUUAUCGUGUCACACUUACCCUUUAAAGGAAAGAAAAGGAAACCAACAUACUCGAUUUCGUUUAUCUAGGAAACACAAAAAGCGACAUUCAUUUGUUUGCACUGGAGGAUUAUCGAAUUUACCAUCUUGAGUCGACUUAUAUUUAUAUAAGUUGCGAAAGCGAUAAAAUGAUUCUACAAUUUCUGUUGCAUUUAAUUCCUAUUACUUAAUCAUAAAUUAUUCAUAAAAGUAUUAAACAUUUAUGAAAAUUUUGUACGACAUAUGGCAAGGUACAAGUAUCAUGAUCACAUUGAUAAAGUUUAAAACAAAUAUGAAAAUGUAUAUAGAAGUUACAAGAUAUUUGUCGUACACAUACACUUAUGAAAUUAUUUAAGCAAUCAAUUGUCCAUUACUGAGUCCACCUUUAGCGUUAAUUAUAUGAUAACUUACUACCGGAAAAUCAAUUCUAAUGCCAUUAGAUAUAGAAUUUUGACGAAACAAAAAGAAAUGACUGAGGAUACUAGGAAAAGAAAAUAUAAAUUUGAAAGGUUGAAAUUCAACGAGUGAAUGAAGGUUAAUAAAAGGAAAUGCUCGCGCUAUCAGUUUUUUUAGCGGUCACGAGACUGCGAUUAUUACCACGGCCACGGCACAUUCGUUAACCGACGGGCCGUUCACCUUACCGUGCAUCGUCAGUUUGAAUAUGUCAGACGAUAUGUGGCGCUGGUGGAUGAACUCUGUAUCAUUUUGUCAGACAUGUCUGUGCAGGUUCAAGUCAACGGCUGCCCGAAGAUCGCGUCACGACAUGCUUUCGAUCGACAACACCGUCCAUCAUACUCGUGUUUAUUCUACCCAAAUAUCUAUCAUAAGAUGAUAAUAAUUCAUACUAAUGUUAAAAUAAAUCCAAAAAGAGAAGAAAGAUAAGUAAAGAAAGUUUUGAAGAAAAUUUAUAUAAAUGUCGAACGUUUUGUUAUUAAUCAUUUUUUUAGGUUAGAACGAAAUUAUAUGAAACUAUGAGAGUCCUAAGAAUCGUAUUUUUCAUGCGGUGGUUAUAGUUACUGGAAUAUAUUGUCCCGCAUUAACAUGUUGCAACGGCAAAAUGCAUACAUAUAUGCAUUGUUUCUAGAAAUAGCUGUCUACUCUCGAUUCUAGUAUCUACCGCAUCGUGCAUCGUUAAUCCAAUCGCGAUGAGAGGUAUGCAGAAACAUUGAUCGCCGCGGUAUAUGUUUUUUUCCGCGAGGCAACAAAUAUUGUAAUAAAUCAGGCUUUCCAUUUUUUUACUACUGACUAGACAUUUAUGGUAAAUAGAUAGAUAUUUGCUUCGCAAAUUAUCGUCGUGUAACCACAUCAUAGAUAAGCUUACUAUACUGGAAACUAAUAUUCACUAAUAUUCUACAAGCGUAUAUAUGUAUUUAACUUUGCUGCGUUCUUUCGCUUACCUACAAUCCAAUUGUAUCCACUUGAGUAAUGAUAAAAGAAUAUUACAUAUAUGAAUAAAAUAUGAAAGAAUGAUUAUCGUAUUUUUUUUAAAGCAUUAUAAAUCUUUAUCCUAACAUAAUAAUUUAAUAUCUAACAUAAAAAUUCGAGAAUCGCAUUAGAGUUAAUACGAACACAAUAUCUAUGGAGUAAGAAAUGUUUUACAAGACAAUACACAAUUAUUGACAUGCAUCUCUACGAGGACAGCAUUUCAAUUAUCGCCGAGAGAUUGCGAUUUUGAAAUCAAUCAAGCAGCAAGGUCAUGCAAACGUAGCAGACGAUAACAAAAAAUCAAGAUAGUAGAGAAACGGAUA